AUAAACUGUGUGACUUUCCCCCACCCUGACGUAAUGCCAGAACAGCAGUUACUAAAACCUUCAGAGUGGAGCUACUGUGAUUAUUUCUGGGCUGAUAAGAAGGAUUCACAAGGGAACAAUACAGUGUCGGGAUUUGAAAUUCUUCUUCAAAAGCAACUUAAAGGGAAACAAAUGCAGAAAGAAAUGGCAGAAUUUGUUCGAGAAAGGAUAAAGAUUGAGGAGGAAUAUGCUAAGAACCUGUCCAAACUGUCUCAGAAUUCCUUGGCAGCUCAGGAAGAAGGCACACUAGGAGAGGCUUGGGCUCAGCUAAAGAAGAGUCUAGCUGAUGAAGCAGAAGUUCAUCUUAAAUUUUCUUCUAAGCUUCAGAGUGAGGUAGAGAAACCCCUGCUCAACUUCAGAGAGAACUUUAAGAAAGACAUGAAGAAGUGUGACCACCAUAUUGCAGAUUUACGGAAGCAUCUGGCCAGCCGCUACACAGCAGUUGAAAAGGCCCGGAAAGCCUUGACAGAGAGACAGAAGGAUCUGGAAAUGAAAACACAGCAGCUAGAGGUGAAGCUCAGCAACAAGACAGAAGAGGAAAUUAAGAAGGCGAGACGGAAGUCCACACAGGCGGGUGAGUACCUAUGUCCAUCACUGGUGGGAGGCCGGCAUAGCCCCACGGAUG